AAUUUAUCGAAAUCUUUCGUUGAUUUGAAACCACCGAAACCACCAUAUCAUUGUAAUUUCGUCACUGAUUAAAAUAUUGCCUUGUAACGGUCACGGAUCGUACCGUUAGCCGGCGCUUUUCAAGUUCAUUGGCAUAGAGAAAAAAUCGAGCAGAUUCGAUUGCGUGUGAGUGUCAUCACUUACUUAGGGAUGCCCAUCUGGAAAAGUAAUCGAAAAAAUUUAUUCGUGAUGUGGCAUCAUGGAACAUGGAACCAGAAAAUGAUGUUCAUUUCAAAACCAUUUCUGCAAGACAUCAUUUUUGUUUGGCUGGACGCGUGGAGUGCAACGCCGCUUCCAGCUUUAACCAAAUUCGUUUUGAGUUUGAUCAUUUUUGAGGUGAUGCUGCUUCCCAUGUUUUUGUUCCUGUUGGUGAUCUUGCUUUAUUUCGGAUUUUACCAGUAUCAAAUCAAUAGUUUAUAUCCCAAUACGUUUCCAGUGAAGGUGCAGUCAAUUCAUUGGUUGCAACAGAUACUCAAGCGAUCGCUAUACACCAGUUCUCAAGCUGAGUACUUUCACAGAAAAGUGCAUGGUGUUCUUCUUAUCACUGCUGGAAUGAUCGAUUAUACAAGAAUAUUACUGGAAUUAAUGUAAGUUAGUGAAAUGAAAUAUUAGUGAUGAGGACAACUAGGAGACAAUGAAUAAGAAACGGCAAAACAUUUCGUAAUGCACAAGUGGACCAAAAAAGAACUUCCAAACUUUUGUUAUACAAAUAAAAUCAAACUUACG